ACGUUACAAAAAGUGAAUAAAAAAAAAUCAUAAAAUUUGGCAUGAAUUUGCCGAAAAAAAAGUAUGACAGACAAUUACGUCUUUGGAACAAACAUGGACAAUGUUUCCUUGAAAAAUCCCGGGUUUGUUUGAUAGAAGGAACAGCUACAGGAGCCGAAAUCUUAAAAAAUCUUAUUUUGCCAGGUAAAUUACAAUAAAAGGAGGAUAUUUCAGAUUUUUAUUAUUAAAUAUAAGGAAUCGGGUCAUACGUAAUUGUAGAUAAUAGUUUUGUCGUAGAAGAAGAUCUUGGAACUACUUUUUUUGUUGAUGGAAAUCGUAUAAAUGAAGCUAAAGCACCUCAAAUGUGUGAGCUAUUACAAGAACUAAAUGAAGAUGUAAAAGGAGAAUAUUUAAUAGAAACAUUGGAAUCAAUUUUAAUACAUAAUCCUAGUUUUUUUAAACAAUUUACUAUUGUAAUUAGUUCAAUACAUGAGGAUGAACUACUUUUAAAACUUGAAAAAAUUUUAUGGGAUUUUGAUAUUCCAUUAAUUAUUUCAUAUUCAGUAGGAUUUAUCGGAUAUCUUAGAAUCACUAUGCCAGAACACACAGUUGUAGAAACACAUGAAGAAAAUCUUAUAGACUUAAGAAUAGAUUGUCCAUGGCCAGCUCUUAGAGAAUUGGCAUCAAGUUUUAAUUUAAAAAAUAAAAAGAAUUGUUCAUAUACACACAUACCUUACAUAUUAAUUCUAUUAAAUUGUCUUGAUAUAUGGAAACUAAGAAAUAACGGAAUGCUUCCAUGUACAGAUGAAGAAAAACAACAAUUUAAAGAAAUAAUAAGGACGUAUAUGCAAGGAUUCGAUAAAGAAAGCAUUGAAGAAGUUCUUUCUGUUUCAUGGAGAGCUUCAUGCAUAACAUCGAUACCAGAUAAUGUUCAAUCUAUAUUAAAAGAUGAAAAAUGUGUUCACAUAUCUUCUGAAAGUUCAGAAUUCUGGAUAUUAUGUCAUGCCAUUUCCAAUUAUGUAUCAGCUGAGGGAAAUGGUUUACUACCUCUUUCUGGGGUAAUUCCAGAUAUGAAAUCAGAUUCAGAAAGCUAUAUAAAAUUACAAAACGUUUAUCGCCAAAAGGCACAAGAAGACUAUGAAUGUGUCCGAAAGUAUGUUCAAGAUAUACUUUUGUCAAUAUCUCAGCCAAUGUCAAAAAUUUCUGAUGACAAAAUAAAAUUUUUUUGUAAACAAUGUAAAUACAUGAGAAUACUGCGCUACCGUUCAUUGAAAGAAGAAUAUAGAUCUCCGGAUUUAAAAUUAAUUAAAUCAUCUUUCUCAACGCCAGAUGAUCUCAUAAUAUGGUACAUUGCUCUUAGAAGUUACAACAAAUAUAAAAACAUUUUUGGAAAAUAUGCAGGAGCCCAACAAGCUACUCUAGAUGCAGAUACAGAUAAAUACAUCCAGUUAACAGAACACUUCCUUUCAAAAUUUAACUGUAAAAUGACAGAAUUUCAGAUAAUGGCUUGUAAAGAAUUAAUAAGAGCAGGAGGGGGCGAACUACAUAAUAUUGCAUCUUUUAUAGGAGGUGUUGCAGCCCAAGAGGCAAUUAAGGAAUUCAAAAAAACAUUAUUUACUCUUAAAAUAACAUAAGACAGAUCAUUAUUAAGCAAUAUAUCCCAAUUAAUAAUACUUAUAUAUUUGAUGGAAUUUCAAGUAGAAGUCAAGUUUGGAAAUUUUAAUUUAGAAUCAUCAAUAUAGAUAAAUGUUUUUUUAAAAAAUAGUAUUUUAUAUUCAUAUAACUCUAUUCAAAAAAAAACAAGAUGCAUAAAUUCCAAGUUAUAAAAAGCAUCAAUAUUCACAUUUUUUCUUUUCCAACGAAUAUCAUCUGGACUGAAUCCUCCAUAAGGUGAAUUAAAAUAUGCCCAAUGUGGCGUUUCUAUUUCACGUUAAAUAUAAGAUUAUUUUAAUAUACAACUAUAUUUACCAGAAAUAUAAUCCAUCUCAGAAAAUGGCAUGUUUGAUUCAGCUAAUUCAAAAAAACGAUCAUAAUUUAUAUGGGUAUACCAUUUAUCAUUUAUAUAAAAUUUCUUUUGUGCAAUUAACACACAACAUGAAUGAACAUGCUCAGAAGCAAUAUCAUAUUCGGGUACAUUAUCCAUUUCUGAUAUUUUUUUAGUUAGUGCUUUCACAAAACCAACAACUUCUUCAUGGAAAGGGACAUUUUUCAUUGUCAAAGAAGAAUGAGUAUUACCACAAUAAGUUACCCCUAUAGAAAUAAAUAUAUGUUGAUAAAUUUUAUAAAAAAUACCUUUGAUUUCAAUAAAACAAGGUUUUCCAACAGAUACUAAAUGUGCAUAUUGUUCUACUUCUUCAGUAUUAAAUCCUUUAACCAAAGUAAGUCGAUAAACAGUUCUUUGUUGUUUUCGACUCAAAAUUUCUAAACAAGAAAUAAAUCUUUCCCAAAAAUCCUAUUUUAAUGAGUUGAUAUUAAAAUAUGAAUUUCAAAUAACCUUAAAUAAAGGACGAUCAAUUUUUUUUAAUGAAUCUUUUGUGCUUGCAUCUAUUGAAACAUAACUUUAAACAUCAGUACCCAAAUAAUACUAGUUUAAACAACAUACAGCUGAGUAACUUGCCCUAUAUUCUCAAGAGCAUCAGGAUGCUGAGCAUUAGUAACCAAAAAUGUACUAAUUUUUCUAUCAUGAAGCAUCUUAAUAAGUUCAUUAAUAUGAGGAUCUUUAAAAAUAAAAUUAGACAAAUGCUAAUCGCUUGAAAGAAAAAAAUACAUGUUAUUGGUUCACCAACAAGACUAAGAGCACAAUGUCGAAUACGCAUAGCUUCUUUUAGUCUCUCUGGACGAAUACCAGGAAUUCCUUUCAUCUUCAA